AUGGACGCAAACCGUAAUAGCUCGACUUCAACCUCAACAAACUAUUCGAAACACCAAACCGUUGUCAACGUCACUACCACAACCACUACUGUCACCCCUUCGUCAAAGUCCCAACGACGUAGCGGCGGAGGAGGAGGAGCGCUCUUACCCAAAGUAGACCAAACUAGAAGACUUGUCACGCAAAUUUUGAGUAAAUUAAAGAAACGCAAAAAACCACCAAGUGUAUUCACAAUUCUGCCCGAAUAUUAUAAGAAUGCGGAAAGAAGCAAGAACGUUAAUGGUAAUUUGGUGUCGUUGUUGGGUUCGAGUGUAGGAAGUGGUGGUAUGGUAGGAGAUGGAGGAGGAAUAGCUAUGGACGAACAUGGUGUGUAUUCUACUGAUGAAACUUGUGAUUUGUUGAUUCAAUUACGUGAUGUGUUGACCGUUUGCAAAUUUAGCGGUAUCACUUUCGGAGACAGACCGCUUCGACCUCCAAAUGCACUACAGAUGAUAGUUUUGGAUGUGGCAUUUCUAUUAAUUGAUCAGAAUCCGUAUUCUCCUCGUUGGCUUUACGAGUUGGGUAUGACAAUGUUAUCGGCAUUUGUUUGUUUCGAGGAUAUAUUAAAAGGGAAGUUACUGGUUUUUUAUGGAAAGUCGUUGUUGCCGCGGUUGAUGGCUUGCAAUGGAAUGGAGUUAAAUAAUGCUAUCAAUGGUAAUCUUGGAGUGAAUCGAGAAAAUCGUGGACGAACUGCUGAACAUAAGGGAAAGAAUUUGAUAAGUGAACACGAAAAUUCAGGGCAUAUAAAUAUCAUGAUUCAGAAUUCUAGUGAAGACGGCUACAAUCCGCCUCCCGUCUCAAUAGAGAUUCAUUCACCAAUAGACGCAGACCCACAAAAUCAAAGCAAUCGAUUUCAACAACACUCACAGUCACAACAACAAACGACGCGCUAUAUGUCAAUAAAAUAUAAAGGAGAUAUGGAAAUGGAAGAAUAUUACGCCGAUUCAAUGUUCACCCCACUUUUAUAUUCUAUCGUUCAGUAUAUUAAUGUGAAUAAAUCUUCACUGGAAACAAUAUUUCAUAUGCAUCAUACAUUAGCAAUAAUGAUUGAAAGCAAACCACAGCUUUAUCAUGAUAUUAUCGAAGUUAUUGCUUUUGGAGGUGAAUCGAGUCGUGCUCAAGCUGUUAAUAUACUUUUCUUUUUUUGGGGUAAUUGUACUGGACAUCCUGUUAUCGGGCAUCCGCUCCAGAAUAACGAACACUCUCAUCAAUUCUCACCGCAUAUUUUUACCGAACGUGCUAAUAAAUUCACAUCCGCUUCUACAAAAGAUAAACACGCUACGCUCAUGAUGAGCAAACGCUCUUCUUUGAUUGAGAUGCAUGGUCAAUUGAUGCCAACUGAAAAUCCGAACGGAUGCAUGCAAUGUUUUGAGCCGGUGAUUGGAUUUGGACUGAGAUGUAAUGGAUGCAAGAUUAAUUUACAUUUUGGAUGCUAUAAUUUGGCCGAUGGCGUGUUUUUGGCUAAUUAUUCGUUGGAUUCAGGUGUCCAUAAAUUGUCGACACCUCGAUUUUGUGACAUAUUGCCAAAUCCUAGAAGAGUUAUUUGCGAUGAUGACAAUAGUAAUAACAAUAAUAGUGAUGAUGUCUUAAUAACGAUAGAAAAUCAAAAUGGACACAAAUUUCACUUAAUUAAUUUAUUCACUCUGGUUUUAUGUAUGAGUUGUCACGAACCACUUUGGGGAAUUAUGCAUCAAGGAUACCGGUGCGAAUAUUGUAAUCGAUUUCUACAUAUUCAUUGUCUUGAUUCACAAAAACAUCAUCUUCAAUCCUGUCCACUUAACGGAAAAAUGAGUGAAGCAGACGCUUUGAUUGAUCAUGAUUUACUCCGUAAAACUUUUCUGCAAUAUUAUAAACCAAUAGUAGUAUCACACGAAACAUUGCCAUCUUACUCGGUUGAAGAAUUAUCUGUGAUGAUAAGUAUUUUAGAAAUUCAAGAUAGUAUAGUGAACAAUGGGAUAUUAGCCGGAUGCUUACUAGUCCGUCAACAAUCUUCGAAUCAUCCACUUUCGCAACAAGAAGAGAAACUCGAAAAAUUCGAGUUGCAAGAAUUAUUAACCCUAUACGAAGAAUACUAUUUCACUGGCAGCGAACAUGUAGAUUCGACGACGACUAUUGGUAUUGGAGUAGGUAUUAGCGAGUCAACGAUAUCGCAGGAGUAUUGGGAAGGUGCACUUGGACAAAAUCUUUCGAAUUAUGACAGUAAAGAACAACAACAAAAACAUCAUCAUCCUUGGAUUUUGUGUGAAGAUGAAUAUCUUGGUCAUUUCGCGGCAUUUAUCAAAUCAGGCGCUGGAUUUGAUAGAGAAAUUAGUAAUCAUAAUGAUUAUCUGGGUGUAAACUCAAAUAGUCUUGCUACUACUCCGACAUCUAUCAGUACAGCUGCUGACUCGAUUGAUGAAGUGAUCUCGGUGGAAAGUAUUUCCACCAAUGAAAUAAUUCGAUGGGUGAAAAAUAAUUUAGGGUUUCAGAGUGAAUUCGCUAGUAAAAUAUUAAUACAACAAAUGGCCAAUCUGGGAUUCGUUGAAAGAAUUGAUGGACAUCCAAUUAUUUUCUCUAAUUCAAAAAUUGCAGAAUUUAUAUCGAAUAACAACAUCAUCAAUUCUAGAAGCAAAACAGAUUGCACUUUUCCGUUUCCUUUCGGCAUUGAAUAUUCCCCAAAUGUAGAAACAUUAAUCUCCGCGAUUGUCUCCUGUUUAAAAGACAUAAGUAUCGCAAUAAACGAAUGCGGACUCUUAUUAUUGACACGAAGAUGUUGGCCCGAUCCAUUUUUGUCACGAUACACACUAGAAAGACUUCUAAAUGCGAUUAUUGAAUGGAUCUGUUGUGAGGAUGAUCGAUUAUUAGUGAUUGCCCGAGAAUAUACCCCGUCCGGCAUGAAAUUGCCAGGCGUCCGGGAUGACAUGGAUGAUCGUACUAUUCCGAGUGCAAGUGGUUCUGGUUGUGCAACCUCUGCAAAUAAUAAUGGAGGUCAUAAUAAACGAAAUUCUACUUAUAAUAGUUCUGGAGGUGGUGCUUAUGUGAUUAGUCGAAAAAUGCUAAAAGAGAAAUAUAUUUUGGGUUGGCUGUUUUCUAUACAUCAAAUGGAUCCGGAAUUAUAUUGUGACAUGAUUUAUUGUCAGGUGGUUGCUUUGGAAGAACUUCAUUAUUUUAGAAUGUACGAAGAAGUUUCGGAUGAUAAGACGCAGGAGUGCGCGUUUGAAAAGCAAGAACGUAUUCUACGUUAUUUUAUUAAACUUUGGAGUGCUGAUAUACUCUUUUCACCAUUUAAUAAAAUUAUGGCGCGGUGGUUAGAUAAUAUGUAUCAUUUAGUAGCAAAUUUACCUGCAGGCGAGAUUUUCAUCGAACUCAAAUCUUUACAACGUGUUUUCAUGUCGAAAAAUUCCGGAUCGCGGUUAAGCAUGAAUGACAACUUUUUCGCACUGAAUUUCGAUAAUUCGAUAAUCGAUAUUGAUGAUCCGAUGAAAGCUCUUAUAGAACUGUUGCAAAAAGGGGAUACAACAUCGGUGUCUCGUGGGUUGCAGUGGAUGGAAUUAUUGGUACGUGGAGGUGUUGGAAUUCCAGGAUCGGUGUAUUCUGAAUUUCUCCCAUUACUGGCAAAUGUCUCACCAAAACUCGAACAAUAUUCAGCAUUCAUGCAGAUUGUAUGGUAUCAAGUGAUUGGCGUGUUUGGACAUUUAUUAAAACGUCAGGAUAUCUUGGAGCUGAUUACCAAUAUUAAUUUGGCCGCUAUGGAUAUGAUACAUGAUUUUGACUCGAUUGGAUCGGAUUUCGAUAUUGCAAAUGCUCGUUUUUUUGUGAAAAUAAGUAUGGCAUUGACACUGCAUUCUUUUGCGUGUCCACUUGACUUUAUUUCUUCCCUUGGGAUUGUGAAUGGUGUUCCUUCAAGAACAACGAGCUUAAAUCCAUCUUCAAGUAAAUCAACAAAACGCAGUUCAAUAUUACCCGAUCCGACUCCCGGAUCACAUUUAACCGCAGACUCUCCAAUAAUCAAAUGUUUGUUUAAUUAUGCGAAAUUCGAAAGAUUGGGAAUCGAAGGAGAUUUAACGAAGACUUUCUGGGGUCUAUGUGAUAAGAGCAGUCUUAUUUAUAAUAAAAAUGAGUUUUUAAUUAGUUGUAUUUCGGAGUUGUUGCCUAGUGUUUGGGAAACAGUAUCACCCAUUCAUGAUGCCGAUUCUGACACCACGAUGCGUCUCUUAAUGAGAUUAAUAUGGGCAGAUACGCAUUCUUUUCGUGCAUUUGUUAGUAAAACAUUUGAACAUGAAGAUUGGGAAAUUAGGUUUAAAGGAUUGGAUCACUUGUAUGGCAUUUUCUCAAAACUCGAUGAAAAAUACCAAGUGCAAUGGGCUGGAAUAUUUGCUCACUUGGGACCGAUUUUCAGUUAUUUUGUUGCUAGUCUAUGGGAUAAAGAGGAAUAUGUUCGAACAAAAGCAAUUUCUUAUAUUCGUUCCAUGCAACAAUUUAAUGUUCGGUUGGCGAUUAAAUGCUGGGAAGAGUAUUUCGAGACAGCGAAUACUCGCGAGCAGACGUUGCUUGUUAAAUUGAUGAUUCGGUUUAAUGCUCAGUUUCCUGAUUUGCAAGUGAUUAAUUGGAACUUACUUUUCAAAGCGUUGUCUCAAGAGAUUGAAGAAUCUGUUUCUGCUGCGGAUAUUUUGGAAAGUUAUAUGCGACCAGACAGCAUUUUAGUGAUUGGCUUAAAACAACUUCAUGAUGAAACUACAAAUCCAGGACAAAAAGUAGCUGAAGAAGAAAAUCUAAAGGUUCUUUUAAUAACACUCGCUCUACAAAUGGUCGGAAAUGGAACAGAAAUUACAAAGUCAACAGCCAUAGAACUGAAACGUAUAACGAUGUCGUGUCUCGGCUUCACCAAUUGUCGAGUGGAAACCAACAACGGACACCUGGAAAUCAAUCACGGUGAAUUACAAUACACAGCCGAUGACUUUUCCCAAAAUAUGAUGAUGAUUGCGUGUCUCAGUAAUCUGAAAAAAAUUCUUGAUACUCCGAUAAAUUUUAAACCUGAACCUGAUGUCGCUGAGGAAACAUCGCGGUCGAUAUCUUCGUCGUCAUUUGAUGAACAAAGUGAAGAUCUUGUGGGUGCGUUUUUUGUUGACGUGGUGCUGAAAAUGUUUAAUUCUUCAAUUGAUAUCUCGACAUUGAGUCAUUUAAUGCUCAAAAAUUGGAUUGAAUUAAUGCUGAUUAUUGUUUAUAAGCAUAAAAUUGAAGAUAGACGAAAUAAAGAAUUAGAAGAAAAAAUUGUGAACGCCAUGCGACGAAUAUCCGAACUAUUAAUUAAAGACGUCAGCGACGAGAAUAAACUACUCAUCAUACAACUUUCAGCAUGCCUCUUGAAGAGGUCGCCUACGUUGACGGUAAACAUCCUUGGCAAACAGAUUAUUAUUAUCGGGAAAUUGAUGACAAAUUUGAAAUGCGACACGUCAAUUCAAUUGGUGAAUAAUGCUUGUGACUUUUUGCGUACGGCAUUCUUGAAAUUCGCACUGAAUGGUUUAUUUGUGUUAAUAUUCAAGAAUCAAGAGGUGGCAAAUGACAAUCACACUGAACUUGAUAUGUUUCGUGUCCUAAGAAAAGUAAUCGGUAAUGAAAUAAUCCCAGCCGAAGAUGAAAACCAAAGCCCCACUUUUCUUCGUGAACAACCAAUACGUGAUGUCAUGAACCAAGUGUUCAAAUUCAAUGUACGGAAAAUUGUCUCGACGAUUCUUUGUAAUUUGAAUAAAUAUGUUCAGUUGGUUUAUUCGGAACCGUACGACGAACAGCUGAUAGUUGAUGUAGGAGUUUUCUUUAAUAAAUUGGCUAAACAUACAAGUGAAUGGAAACGCGGUGACUGGGAUAUUAACCCGAUUUUGCAGAUGGCUGCAACGAUUUUCAAGGCGAAUUCAACAUACGCUAAGUUAUUAAUUCCAAGUAUAAAAAGUCUACUCAGACAUGCCAUUCAAAAAUGCACAAUUUCCGUAGAAUCUUGUCUCAAAUUGUUAGCUUCAUACACUAGUAGUAGUAUCAAUAGUAAUCAUGGCAAUCUUUUUGGUGAAAUUGUUAUUGAAGAAUUGAGAUAUAGUUUUCGGGGGAGUAAGUCGCGGUUGAAUCGUGAUACUAUGAUUCUUUUACUUCAGAAUCGACAUCCUUACUUUGUAAAUGUUGCGGAAAAUUUAUUUGAUGAGUGUGUGAGUUUAUUGGAAAAUCCAACCUCCACAAAACAGUAUUCGAAAAAAGAGUUCAAAGUUGGCGUGUGUAUCGGACAGUUGGUGGUUGCCAUGUGUAAUCAGAAGUAUGAUUUAUUAACAAAAAUUUUCUUGUGGCAAAAGCCAACGGAACCAAAACGUACUAUUCGUCUACUGGAUUGGGUUCUACUAUGCAUGUCAAAAUCAGAAGCGACUUCUUCCGGCCUAAUUACAACAAUCUUCGAUUUUCAAGACAACAUUGCCGACUUACUAAUUCACGCGCUUCGCCAGCCAUUCAAUGAAAUACUUGGUGCGGAACUCAAUUAUCUGUAUACUCCAUCCGGUGAAUUAGCCUAUCAAGCAUUUCUCUUGAUAAAAAUCUGGACUGUUUUAUGUGGUCACGCAACAAAACUAUCAUCCGCCGACGAUGGUAGAAAUGGUUCUUCGAAUAAUAAUGGUGGUCCUCGUGCCUAUCGACGCCUGGCUGUUUCUUUAGCAAUGGCUGAACGAAGGUUUUGGAAUUCGAUCUGGCCUUCUAUGAGACAGCAGUUAGUUUCUAGUAUAAUUGAUAAGGAUGUUCAGUCCAAUAUCGUUCCAUACUGGGAAAUGUUUAUGGACUUGAUCACGUUUCUACAUCUUUGCGGCUCGGAUAUUGUAAUGUUACACUCGCAAGAAUGGUGUACAUUAUUGGACAGUCUUGUUACUCGAGAUACUUCCGACAUUCCCGAAUUUCAGCUAAAAAUUAGACAAGCACGAGCGAUAUUUAACGACCCGCCAUUGAAAAUGAGCGAGGACAUGCUAUCCACGCAACUUUUCAUGGAGAUGCGUGAAGCGAUGCGAUUGUAUUUUGAAGUUCAUGCGAAUGCGGCAAUGCGGUUCUUUUGA